UUGGAUAUUUUUCAGUGGUUAUCUUGUUUUAGCAAUGAAAGAGAGUAUUAGCAUUAGUUGUUACACAAAUUUCUUUUGUGUGUUAGGUGGACCGUUUGGAGGAAAUAGAGGAUUGAGACCAAUACCACCAGAAAAGGGCAUUUUCCCUAUUGAUCAUUUGCAUCAAUGCGACACGGAGAAGAAAGGUUAUCUAGACUGUCUCAAGUCUUCUGGUCACAAGUCUGAGCAAUGUAGGCAUCUUUCAACGACGUAUCUCGAAUGUCAGAUGCUGCAGCAGAGAUCUCAUGGAUCUGUAACAUCCUCAAGGAACUUGGAAUUCCUCAAUAUCAGCCUCCAGAAUCGUACUGCGACAAUCUCUCGGCUGUGUAUCUCACAGCUAAUCCUGCCUUUCACAAGAAAAGCAAACAUUUUGCUAAUCAUUACCACUACGUUCGCGAAAAGGUUGCUCUCAAAACAGUCAUCGUUAGGCACAUACCUGGUCAUGAUCAAAUCGCGGACAUUUUCACGAAGUCUCUUCCAGUCGGACUGUUCACCUCUCUGCGAUACAAACUCGGUGUGGUCCUUCCUCCCACACAGAGUUUGCGGGGGAGUAUUAGCAGAGUAGCAUCAACAACUGUUCCGAUCUCAGCUCCAAUCUCCUCCGGCAAGAACACGACACAAUUGUCUCAAAUCCAAUCUCAUAUUCACAAAAGUAAAACAGAGAAUGAAGGAGUCGAAGAGAUACCGACAACUGAAGUGACUGAGACAAUGGGCUGUACAUUACCUCGGUCCAGCAAUAGUCCAGCAUUGCAAAAGCCCAAGUUCAACAAUGCAGACAUGCCCAAUAUAUCCAGCAGUGUAGUCAGGCCCAAUAUGCAGAAAAAGUCUUCCUCCUCUCAACGGCUAACUACACCUGCACAAAGAGACGAAAUCAGAGACAAUAAAGUGAAAGCAAUGAAGGACUGCACGGAUCGUAUACCACUCAGCAAUAGGUUUGAAUGUUUGGACACAUAUAAUGUGUGA